AUGAGAGGGCUGCCUAAGAAAAAGGCCAGAGCUGAUGGGCCAGUUAGAACUGGGCCCCUUGUUACUGUUACUGGACUACAACCAUGUACUGAUUGUGGUAGACGCCAUCAGGGCGAGUGUUGGAGAAGGACUGGGGCAUGCUUGCGGUGUGGGUCAUUGAAGCACCGUAUUAAGGAGUGUCCGCUAUUAGCCGAUCAGAUGCAAGCUUCGGAUACUGACAUAAGGUCUACUCACUCAUACAUAGCUAGUAACAUAUCUAGAAACUUGGAGAUUUCUGUUGAGAGCAUUACGAGUGAGGUUACGGUACUGAAUCCGUUAGGGCAAUCUGCUAGAGUUAGCAAACUGUGUAAGGACGUUCCUUUAGAGGUACAUGGGGCAAUUUUCAUGGCUGAUUUGAUAGAGCUUCUAUUUAGGGAGUUCGACCUAAUUCUGGGGAUAGACUGGUUGGUUAAGCAUCGUGUUAGCUUGGACUGUGUAACUAAGAGGGUCGUACUAAAGAUUGAGGAGGAUAAGGAGGGAGUCAUGAUUAGAGAACGCCAAAAUUACUUAUCUAAUAUGAUCUCUGCACUGGUGGCAGAGAAGAUGGUUCAUAAGGGAUGUGAGGCAUUCGUGGUCUACGGAAGUGUUUCGGAUUCUGGGGAUUCUACAAUUAAGGAUAUCAGAACGGUAAAUGAUUUUUUAGACGUCUUUUCGGAGGAGCUACCGGGGUUACCUCGGAAUUGCGAGUUGGAAUUUGGGAUUGAGCUACUUCCAGGUACAGCUCCGGUGUCUACCGCUCCCUAUCGAAUGGCACCGAAGGAGCUUGUAGAGCUUAAGGCUAUGAUUCAGGAGCUAUGCUAUUGA